GGGCGGCGCGCGGGGCGCGGGGGCGGGGGCGGGGGCGGCUUUCCCGCCCCUGCUCCCCAUUGGCCGGCGGGGCGGGGCGGGGCGGGCGGGCGGCAAGGGCUCUGAGGCGGCGGCGCGGCGCGGGAGAGGCGCCGAGCUCCUGAGCGUGCCCCGCCCCGCCGUUGCCAUGGCGACGCCGUCGCACCCCUAUUGGCCGCGGGAGCUGUCGUUGCCGGGCUACGUGCCGAGCACCAGCCCCGGGUGGCAGUGCGCAGGCGCGGUGGCGGCGGGCUGCGCGGCGCUGCUGGCGCUGGGCUGGGCGCUGGGCGGGGCGAGGGGCGUGGCCGGGGGCGGGGCGCCGCUGAGCCCCGCCCGGCGGCUGGCGCUGGGCUGGUUCCUGCUGUGCGCGGGGGUGCACGGGAUACUGGAGGGCUGGUUCAGCCUCCGCCACAGCGACCUGCCCGCCGCCACCGGGCCGCUCGCCGCCAUCUGGAAAGAGUACGCCAAGGCCGACAGCCGCUACAUGACGAGCGAUGACUUCACGGUCGCCAUGGAGACGGUGACGGCCUGGGCCUGGGGCCCCCUCAGCUUCCUCACCUUCCUCGCCUUCCUGCGGCGCCACCCGGCCCGCUACGUGCUCCAGCUGCUCGUCUCCCUCGGGCAGCUGUACGGGGCGGUGCUGUACUUCUGGACGGCGGGGCGGGCGGGCUGGGCCCACGGCGACCCCCGGCCCCUCUACUUCUGGGGCUACUUCGUGGGCCUCAACGGCCUCUGGCUGCUGGUGCCCGGCGCCCUGCUGGGCGACGCCGCCCUCCGCCUGGCCCAGGCCCAGCGCGCCCUCGACCGCCCCCGCGCCAAGGCCCACUGACCGCCGCCCCCCCCCCCCCCGGACGCCUGGGCCCAGCCUGGCACCACUGCGGCGCCGCGAGCCUCGCGCCCCGGAUGCCUGGGCCCCCCGCUGUGGGGCGCGGUGGCUCUCCCUGGACGCCUGGGCCCUCGCCGGGGGGUGACGCCCGGACGCCUGGGUCCCUGCUGCGAGGUGACCCCUUGCCCGGACGCCUGGGCCCCCCCGUGGGGGUGUGGGGGAGGGGUGCUGGGGGUCUCCCUCUCCCCCCCAUUUUGUCACAGAUGGAUUUUAAUAAAUGGAGAUGGAAAUUG